AAAGGAGCGUACAGACGGUGUCACGAUGGCGGCGGCGUUCAUCAGAAUCUUAGUCGGCCGCGACUUGAAUGCAUGAGAACAAACGAACAUCGUAUGCACCGACUGUCAGAAAAGAGCGAAGAGUAGAAGGAUAAUGCUGCGAAGUGCCUUCAUCCUUUCACUAUGCUUCGCGAGUGGUACCGUAAACCUCCGCGAUCUCCAGGCGCCACCACUUUCCACUUUUGACUACUGAUCUGGGGCUGCUUACUGAUUGGUGCUACCACUGUCGAUGCAGCCUGUUGUUGCUGUCGCUUCUGCUGCCGUACCGUUUUGUUGUCAGUUGACGCGGAACAAGUAUCAUCGGUUGCAGGUUGUUUUGAAGGUGCCUUAUCAGUGGUUUGUCAAGAGAUGAGUUAGUACUCCGUUCAAUCCCCAGCUGUUCGGAAAUAAACUCCUCCAGAAUUUUCUUGCAAUCGUCAGGAUCCGCUUUGAUUACCUCACGUCGAAAUUCCCAAAACCCGGAUCAUCCGGAAGCGACGCUGCGUCGCUCGACGGAACUCUGUACGCACUUUGUAAUUUCCGAAUAUCAGCGCAGCCUACUAGAUACAAAUACCGGCAAGAUGUUCGCCAUAAUGCAGAUUGAGAACGACGUGAGCGGAGGCGGGCAGUUCCGAUCCAGGAAGAUGCGCACCAAGUGCGAGUUCGUCUGCAGGUACUGCCAGAGAAGAUUCACCAAGUCCUACAACCUGAUGAUCCACGAAAGGACGCACAAGAGUCCUGAGCUCACCUUCAGCUGCGAAGUAUGUGGCAAGAGCUUUAAGCGCCAGGACAACCUCAAGCACCAUAGGAUGUAACCAAUGCAUUUGGCGGUAAAGGGCCCCCUUCUGUGGUGAAAAAGGGCUAACACAGUCCUGUCUUCUCUUUUAUGCAGUGACAAUACAUUUCCCGACAACUUCGGCAUGCAACUGUUUUACAGGCAGGUAUUAAACAAUAACAUUUAAAGGCUUCGAUUCUCCAUUCGCAGUAUUUUACAUUAUUUAUUAAGUUAUUCCGGAUUCUUUGUAUAUACUUUAAAUAUUAGUACUUUUAUAAAACCUAUUUAUGUACGAAAAAUGUUACUAAAUUCUUAGCUUAUAAGUGAAGACUAUUUUCGUCUAGUCUAAAAACAGUUCUAAAAAUCCAAAAUUUGUUUUUUAUGGUUAAAAAACAGCUUGAAUGUGCCAGUUUUAAAAUGCUAUUUUGUGAUUUAAUGUAGGAGUUAUUACUAUUAAGCAUUCCAGUGCAAUUUUUUAUAUGUACACAGGGGAAUUCAUUUGAAGAUUUUCAUAAAACAGUGGUAAACCACAACUUAUAAACAUUUGGAAAAAUAUUUCCUUGUGCACAGUGUACAGAAAAAAUUUAAUCGCUUGUACUAUGAAUUAUUAAUUAUAGUUUAAAAACUUUGUAAAUGUUUCAUCUAUUGUGUACUUUUUGUGGCAUGCAAAGAGUAUGACAGUGCUUAUGUAGUAUUUUUAGGUACAGAUGCAAUAUUUAACUAGGAUAAGGAUAUUAUAUUUAUUAAUUAUCGACUAUGGAAAAUAAAAA